CGCAGUUAAGGUCGACUGUCAAAAUAAACUUUACAAAACUAAACAAAAAUCGAACUGAACACAAAUUAAUUUUCGAUAUGAAAGCAAAACUAUUUUAAUUGUUCAUCUUUCUCUACAAAAGCUUUACUUGUCUUUUCGUUUUUCUAUUGGAAGAAAAUAAUAAUCUCUGGAUAGGGAAGUAAAUUGCUGGAAUGACAGGAACAAUUUGUCCGAAACCAUUAAAGGCAACUCGUAUCGCCCGCUUGGAAGAGUUACUACUUGGGAAAACAACAUAUCUGUUUGAACCAAAGCAACUAAUUAACUAUAUACUCAAUUCGUAUGGAUUCUACAAAAAACACAAAACGUUCCCAUUCAGUAUAUGGGACACCGACAAUCAGGCGAUCUUGCAUUUAUACAGGGCAUCGGUAAGAAAUAGACGUCAGCUACACAUACGCAGUGUUAAACACACAUAUUGGGGUCCAAAAUCAGGAAGAAAGAGCUCAAAGAAGACAGCUUACGUUUACAGACAACAUUCAGGUAAACAAAAGACAUUUUCCUCUGGAGCGUCAGAAAUACGCAAAUCUGAAGAUCAGAUUGAUGGUAGCUAUCAUUCAGAACCAAUAAAAAGAAUUCAGUCACUUGCUGAAAAUGUUCGAGAUGAAAUUAUCAGCUUAGAAGAAGUGAAACCGAUAUUGCAUGACAUAGCACAGGAGAUGGUUCAAGGGGUUAUUGAAGGUAGUGAAGAAAAACUUCUGAAGUUUGUGGAAUUAGUGGAACGACAACAAGAACAACUUGAAAACAUUCCUGAUACUAUAGAAGAAAUAAAGACUAUUGCUUCAAUUGCUAAUUUUACUGAGCCAAUUAGUCGACAAAAUUCAAAACUUAGUGAAAUCUCUGCACAAGAAUUAUCUCAAGCCUUUUUGGAUAAUUUAACAGAUAAUGUAUCAGUCUACUUAGAGGAUAUAUUAGAUGAAGUGUUACUGUACACCAAUGAAAGAAAAAAAGCUGAUGGUGAUAAUGACACUAUUGGCAAUGAAGAUGACGUUAGAGUUGUUGACAUUGCUGACAAAAAUUCCAGUCAUAACAACUAAUAUUGAUAAUAUCAUAUGGUGACAUUAAAUUCUGUCUAAUAUUUUAUCGUGUCCAAUGGUUAUUUUGAUUAGUAUUGCUAUUGGUGUGAUUAUCAGCAUUACUGGCUAUGUUGUUCACUGAAUUAAUGCUUUAUUGAACUGCUCAAUAAAAAUG